AUGGGCGAUGCCAUGAACAACACUACUGGUGCUAGCGAUGCUGGCGAAAGGGAUCUGAGCGGUAGCACUGGCGGCGAGGAUUUGGGCAUCGACAAUGGUGGGCUGGGCAGCACAGACACAGGCACAAGUGGGCUGGGCAUUGUAGGCAUUGGCGCUGGAAUUGGGGAGCUAGGCUCCGCCAGGCAGCUAUCUGGUGUCAGUGGAGAGCAGCGAGUUGAUGUCUUUCAAGGGUAUGACGAUGGACAUUUCACAAGCUUCACAGCGAGGUAA